AUGAACACCUUUACAGCUAAUCAGGGACCCCUCUCCUUGAACCUUAGGGUGGGGGGAGAGGGUGAUGGGGGGAGAGGGUGGUGGGGGGAGAGGGUGAUGGGGGGAGAGGGCCCCGCCCCUCUCCAGGUCCUGCCCCUCUCCAGGCCCCGCCCCUCUCCAGGCCCCGCCCCUUUCCAGGUCCCGCCCCUCUCCAGGUCCCGUCCCUCUCCAGGCUCCGCCCCUGUCCGGGUCCCGCCCCUGUCCGGGUCCCGCCCCUGUCCCGGGUCCCGCCCCUGUCCAGGUCCUGCCCCUCUCCAGGUCCCGCCCCUUUCCAGGUCCCGCCCCUCUCCAGGUCCCGUCCCUCUCCAGGCUCCGCCCCUGUCCGGGUCCCGCCCCUGUCCGGGUCCCGCCCCUGUCCAGGUCCUGCCCCUCUCCAGGUCCCGCCCCUUUCGAGGUCCCGUCCCUCUCCAGGUCCCGUCCCUCUCCAGGCUCCGCCCCUGUCCGGGUCCCGCCCCUGUCCGGGUCCCGCCCCUGUCCAGGUCCAACGCCCCUCUCGAGGUCCCGCCCCUUUCCAGGUCCCGCCCCUCUCCAGGUCCCGUCCCUCUCCAAGUCCCGUCCCUCUCCAGGCUGCGCCCCUGUCCGGGUCCCGCCCCUGUCCAGGUCCCGCCCCUCUCCAGGUCCCGCCCCUUUCCAGGUCCAAGGUCACCCUCUCACUCUUACCCUCUAUCCCUCCUACUCACCCUCUCACUCUUACCCUCUAUCCCUCCUCCUCACCCCCUCUUACCCUCUAUCCCUCCUACUCACCCUCUCACUCUUACCCUCUAUCCCUCCUACUCACCCUCUCACUCUUACCCUCUAUCCCUCCUACUCACCCUCUCACUCUUACCCUCUAUCCCUCCUACUCACCCUCUCACUCUUACCCUCUAUCCGUCCUCACCCUCUCACUCUUACCCUCUAUCCCUCCUCCUCACCCUCUCUUACCCUCUAUCCCUCCUCCUCACCUUCUCACUCUUACCCUCUAUCCCUCCUCCUCACCCUCUCACUCUUACCCUCUAUCCCUCCUCCUCACCCUCUCACUCUUACCCUCUAUCCCUCCUCCUCACCUUCUCACUCUUACCCUCUAUCCGUCCUCCUCACCCUCUCACUCUUACCCUCUAUCCGUCCUCCUCACCCUCUCACUCUUACCCUCUAUCCCUCCUCCUCACCCUCUCUUACCCUCUAUCCGUCCUCACCCUCUCACUCUUACCCUCUAUCCCUCCUCCUCACCCUCUCACUCUUACCCUCUAUCCCUCCUCCUCACCCUCUCACUCUUACCCUCUAUCCCUCCUCCUCACCCUCUCACUCUUACCCUCUAUCCCUCCUCCUCACCUUCUCACUCUUACCCUCUAUCCCUCCUACUCACCCUCUCACUCUUACCCUCUAUCCCUCCUACUCACCCUCUCACUCUUACCCUCUAUCCGUCCUCCUCACCCUCUCACUCUUACCCUCUAUCCCUCCUACUCACCCUCUCACUCUUACCCUCUAUCCAUCCUCCUCACCCUCUCACUCUUACCCUCUAUCCGUCCUCACCCUCUCACUCUUACCCUCUAUCCCUCCUACUCACCCUCUCACUCUUACCCUCUAUCCGUCCUACUCACCCUCUCACUCCUCUUCCCCCUCUCUACCCCUACUCACCCUCUCUCUCUUACCCUCUACUCCCUCUAUCCCUCACCUCCUCUCUCUACCCUCUCCUCCCUCUAUCCCUCCUCCUACUCACCCUCUCACUCUUACCCUCUAUCCCUCCUCCUCACCCUCUCACUACCCUCUAUCCCUCCUAUCACCCUCUCACUUUACCCUCUAUCCCUCCUACUCACCUCUCACUCUUACCCUCUAUCCCUCCUCCUCACCCUCACUCUACCCUCUACCCUCUACUCCCUCUACCUCUACCUCUACCCUCUACUCUUACCCUCUAUCCCUCCUCCUCACCCUCUCUCACUCUUUACCCUCUAUCCCUCCUCCUCACCCUCUCACUCUUACCCUCUAUCCCUCCUACUCACCCUCUCCUCUCACUCUUACCCUCUAUCCCUCCUCUCCUCACCCUCUCACUCUUACCCUCUAUCCCUCCUCCUCACCCUCUCACUCUUACCCUCUAUCCCUCCUCCUCACCCUCUCACUCUUACCCUCUAUCCCUCCUACUCACCCUCUCACUCUUACCCUCUAUCCCUCCUACUCACCCUCUCACUCUUACCCUCUAUCCCUCCUACUCACCCUCUCACUCUUACCCUCUAUCCCUCCUACUCACCCUCUCACUCUUACCCUCUAUCCCUCCUCCUCACCCUCUCACUCUUACCCUCUAUCCCUCCUCCUCACCCUCUCUUACCCUCUAUCCCUCCUCCUCACCCUCUCACUCUUACCCUCUAUCCCUCCUCCUCACCCUCUCACUCUUACCCUCUAUCCCUCCUCCUCACCUCUCACUCUUACCCUCUAUCCCUCCUCCUCACCCUCUCACUCUUACCCUCUAUCCCUCCUCCUCACCCUCUCACUCUUACCCUCUAUCCCUCCUCCUCACCCUCUCACUCUUACCCUCUAUCCCUCCUCCUCACCCUCUCACUCUUACCCUCUAUCCCUCCUCCUCACCCUCUCACUCUUACCCUCUAUCCCUCCUACUCACCCUCUCUCUUACCCUCUAUCCCUCCUACUCACCCUCUCACUCUUACCCUCUAUCCCUCCUACUCACCCUCUCACUCUUACCCUCUAUCCCUCCUCCUCACCUUCUCACUCUUACCCUCUAUCCCUCCUCCUCACCCUCUCACUCUUACCCUCUAUCCCUCCUACUCACCCUCUCACUCUUACCCUCUAUCCCUCCUACUCACCCUCUCACUCUUACCCUCUAUCCCUCCUACUCACCCUCUCACUCUUACCCUCUAUCCAUCCUCCUCACCCUCUCACUCUUACCCUCUAUCCCUCCUCCUCACCCUCUCUUACCCUCUAUCCCUCCUCCUCACCCUCUCACUCUUACCCUCUAUCCCUCCUCACCCUCUCACUCUUACCCUCUAUCCCUCCUACUCACCCUCUCACUCUUACCCUCUAUCCGUCCUCCUCACCCUCUCACUCUUACCCUCUAUCCGUCCUCCUCACCCUCUCACUCUUACCCUCUAUCCGUCCUCCUCACCCUCUCACUCUUACCCUCUAUCCGUCCUCCUCACCCUCUCACUCUUACCCUCUAUCCCUCCUACUCACCCUCUCACUCUUACCCUCUAUCCCUCCUCCUCACCUUCUCACUCUUAG